AUGUUUUUAAUUAUAGAACCUGCCGCAUCGCAAGCACUACCUAUAUUUUUAAUUAGCAUUGUUAUUGCUCUCUUCCAGUUCAUCAAGACCAGCAACUGUUCCAAUGGUAAAAAUUUAACGAAAGCAGUAGAAUGUCUCAGAAAUCUUUCAGCUGAGACCCUAUUUGACAGACUGUAUGACCUGUCAGUUGCUUCAACGGCUCGACGAGAAAAACGCCUCGCAUCGCUUCGUCCACCACAAUGGCCCGCUCAAUUUCUCAACUCUUCUGCUCAGUACUUUGAGGUCAUCAUGCGUCCCGUUCUUGAUGGCAAGUUCUUACCGGAUUGCCCGACAAACCUGCUCAAGUCCGUUAACGAGAGCCAUCCGCCAGAGGCUCUGAUCGGCAACGUGGACAAGGAGGGCAUGUACUGGCUAUUUUAUGGACUCGGAAUAAAUGGCGUCGAUUUCCUCAGUGGUGAAGGAAACGUUACUCGCCCAAAGCCUGAUCAACUAAGAAAGGCCAAAAUCGAUUACUUCCAGCUUGUCCAGACUAAAUUUAUGAGUGUGGGUCAUCUGGUUCCUCAAUUUUCAGCGCUCACAACAGCUCAGUAUGGGCUGAAUAGCCCUUUCGUCACAAAAUUCUUGGAUUAUGACACCGUUGUGCCAUACAAUGAAACAGGGAGCGUGACGGACUUCCUCAACCGACUCGACGAUUUGAGUGGAGAAAUGGACUUUGUUUGUGGCACUCAACUGUUUGCCAAACUGCUUGCCGCCAUGAAGGGUGCGAAGGUGCAGUAUUACAUCUUCAUGCACAAGACUACAAACAGUCAGUUUCCGGCAUGGGUGGGUGCGAUGCAUGGUUACGAAAUCGAGUACGUAUUUGGCAUGCCAUAUUCGAGUGAAUUCCGAGCCAACUUCUACAACUUUACAGAAGACGAAAAGAAUCUGAGUACGACAAUGAUGCGAUACUGGGCAAACUUUGCGCGAUCUGGAAAUGCAUCAAUGAAUUCCAACGGCUCUCAGUUCGGUCCGUCCUGGCCACUAUAUGAUGGUACUUCUCAGAAGUACAUGGAAAUCGACUUGAAGAAACAGAAAAUAAAGCACCGUCUACGCGAUAAGGGCUGCACAUUCUGGAAUGACAUCUUCCCCAGUCUCGCCAGGAUUUACAUGAAAAUGACGAUACCUUGUCGCCUAGGCUGGAACGGGUGGCCCAAGCUUUGUCCUCACCUCGAAUUUGACCUCUACGAUGUGGAACCACUUGAAAACUUUGUGCAUGGUAAUGCCUCCGGUCAACCGACGCCCAGUUCUGCUCAGUGUCUUGCAACCAUUUGA